AUGUUGCGAUCGAACACGUUGUUACACUUGUUGUUGGUUGUGGCACUGGGGCAGGUGGUGGAACAACCACCCAACAUCUACAAGUGGAUCGAGGAGAAUGCCCAUAUUUGUAAGUUGGGUGGUGUAGGGAUGUAGAGGGUGUUAUAGACAUGGUGAGGCUGAUGUAGGCAUUUAGAGGUACCACUAGGGCUAUUUUUUAAAAAUUUGGUCAGGCUAAUAAGUUUAAUUUCAAAAUUUAAUUAAAAUUUGAGUUAUAUUUUUGAUCAGAUUUAAAAUGAUUUUUGAUAUUAUUUUAGGCACAAGUGUCCCUUCAAAUGGAGAAAACAUUGUGAACUUCUUAACGCCUUCAGAAGGUCUAAAAUGUUCUUUAUGUCCUGAUCAUAAGUUCAGAGAUCUACCGACUAGUGCAUGUGCAGUAGAAUUGAGUCCAAAUGAGAUUGAUGUUGAUAUUGGGUGUCAUCCAAGUAAGUGUAAAAUAAGAAAAGGGUUUUUUAUUGGUAUAAAACUGUUAGACUUUUGAAUAUUAGCUUGUUCAUAUAAUUCUGUGCUUCCUUUCAAAGCAAAUUUGUUUGGUUAGGCGGCACAGAAUUAUUUGAUCAACAUAAUAUUAUAAAAAGUUGGUUUUCACAUUUUAUUACCUAAAAAUUUUAAAAAUAUUGUCACUUUUUAGUCCCUGAGCUAUGUCUAAUGGAGCUGAAAACACGAUACGCUGAUUUCUUUACCUCCAAAAUACCUAAAUCAACCAAAUCAAUGGAAGACAUCUUCAUGGCCAAGACGAAUCCAUUUGACAAAAAUACAGUAACCCAGCUGGGUCGAAGCAGUAAUAUCAACCUAAAGAUCAAAACUCCACGGAAAGAAGUCAGUAUCCCAAAAUCAGAAGUCUUCGUAGCUGGUACGACGUUUAAUCCAACUACUACAACUACUUUCAACCCAACUACUACUACUACCUUCAAUCCUACAACUACUACAACAUUUAACCCUACUACGACUAGCACUUUCUUCCCAACUAGUACCACAUCUACGGGUACUACCACUUUUACGACAAGUACGACACCUCCAAGUACAACAUCGUCUACUACAACAACUUCCACGACCUCAAGUACAACAACUACAACACACCCAUCUGUCAACAGCAAUAUUAACAUAGAUUCAUCGACAGAAUCAUCUAACCUUCCAGAUGAAUUCGCUCACGAAAUGAAUCAAGUUGACAGUGACAGUGGUACCUUCACCACAGUAAGAGCCAACAUCUUCAGUUCACCUAGUGUCAUGCUACCGGUCAAUCUUACCAUCAACAAUACUGAUAUGGCAAUGCAUUCUCGGACGGCAGCACCAUUGAGUUUCUUGAAUAAGGAAGUGGUACCAGGGAAUCUGAAGUUGGGAGAGAAGUCGUUGAUUGAUAAGAGGGUAGGGCAAUCGAUCUGGGCCAAACGACCAACAUUACCUAAUUGGAUCAAUCGGAAAAUGAUGACUACGACACCGACCACUGCUAUUGUUAAUGUGUCAGCUACGAUACCUACAACGACGGUUGUUGCCACUACUACGAAGAGGGAGUGCAAGGAUGCACAUUUGGUAAGUUAGAGGUGGUGAAAGGCAUCUUAAUACCAGAAAGCCUAUUUUUUACCUUGCCUCUUCCUUAAGAUGUUAUCCAUACUGGUACCUAUGCUCGACGUUGCCUAUAAUUAUAAUGAUUUAUGUUUUAGGUAACAAAAAUUAAUUUUUUGAUCUAAUAAGGCGCUUUUAGUUAUGCUGCUUCUGGGCGAUCGCUGGAGAAUGUGAUUCGAAUCCGUUUUGGAUGAGGAUUCACUGCUCAAAGACUUGUGGUACUUGUGAUUGUUCAUGUAAGUUAGUAUAAAGUUUAAAAAAUUAUUUUUAUAUUUUGAUGGAGACGGUAACCUUCUAAAAUUAAAGAAAAUCAGGUUUUUCUUACCAAUUGAGCUAAACAAUAUAAAUUUUCUCUUAGUAAACGAAGCCGAUCAAUGCAACAGCACCGGAGUUGUAUGUGAAAUCCCAACUACUACAACAACCACCACCACCACAACUACUACGACUACCACAACAACACAGCCAACCACACCUACAUCAACAACAACGACGACGACGGAAGAGCCAACGACGAGGAAUUACGGUAGAUAUACAGUAAGACCAAGGCCAUUACCAUCGUGGAAACAACGGCCGCUACCACCAGGACCACCCAGUCAUGUCCCAGAGACGGACGAGUUUGUGGAUCGAGGAGAACCUGGCAUUCGACCGCCAUUUGAGCCAAAAGAUGGUGUUUUAAAGAACAAGUUCCCUGCCUAUGGGGAGGGGUAUGCGGCUAGUGGACAGGUAAGGAGUUGUUUAUUAAUAUAGGGAUACUUUCAUAAUAGGUUAAAUAAAAAAUUUUAUAUCAUUAAUUUAAAAAGUAUUGUCGUUUUUUAACGUUCCUAUAAAUCUACGACAAGACUUUUUUUUGACACUUUAACAAUAUAAAUUCUAAAAAUUAUAUUAACUUAUCUAUCACCUACUAUCGUACUUUAAUUCCAGCGCCCAACCCUCCAACCCCCACCCCUAAUCCACACUCCCGACUGGGUAUCCACCCACCCAACGACCACUCUCACCCCUACCUCCACCACAUUCUCCACCUGCUUCAACUACAAUCCUUUGUGUGAAUUCUGGGCGGAUCUUGGUGAAUGUGCCAAGAAUCCAUUCUGGAUGCGACCCAACUGUCAACGAUCAUGUAGGAGUUGUGGAGAGAGUGUAGAAGAUGUAUAUGCACCUCAACCAAAGCCGGGCUGUGCGAAUCAGCACCAGCUAUGCCCGUUCUGGGCGUUCAUUGGAGAAUGCGUACGGAAUCCGCGAUGGAUGAUAAAACAUUGUAGACCUAGCUGCAGGAUCUGUUGA